AGCUGCUUGCAAGUUGACAGCCGUUUGUUUAUUGACAAAUUGCUAAGAACCAAGACGGGAGGGGUCUGUUCUUAAUAUUUCGAUUCUACGCCUCCUCCAGUCUGUGAUUCCAAUAUCGUGAAACCUCUGUACCAACUCCUUCUCUCUUAUCUUCCAUUCGCCACAUAUCACCUGAUACUUUGCUCAUUUCAAAGAAAACGCAACAUGACCUCAAACUUCAAGUACGCUUUGCUUCAGAGCCUAAAGCCCUACACAAAAUACAUUCCCCAACUCACAAAGCCUGUCCUUCGCGUCCUCAUCCAGGUCUCAGUUCACUACAUUGAGAGCCGCAAAUGCUCGCCGGAGGUCCUCGACUUAGCCCUCACGAAACUCUCGCAUUCAGGCUGUGAUACGCCGGAGCACUUUUAUGAAUUGUUCGCUGCCAUCCUGCAAAUCAUGCAAAUGUUCCUGCGAACGGCCAAAGGCAGCGUCAAGGAUGAGGAGCUGCGCGAAUGUCUGAGGGAACUGAAGUUCACGGAAGAAUGCAUUGAGGACAUCAGCAAGGUGCUGCACAACCACCGCGACUCGCUGACGAAGAACUUCUAUGAAGUCAAGUGUCUGCGGUCGCCACCCCGACGACUUCAGUGGCGCAUUAACAUUUCCCUGAUGGACAGUGGAAUCUCGCAUUUCUCACAGCCCACGAUAAUCAUCCACUUUCAAACCGUCACGGGCGAAUACAAAACAUUUGAGUUUCCGAUCGCGAUGUUCCAUCGCCUAAGGUAUAACGUUGCGCUGCUUCUCAAGGAAAUGCAAACCCUGGAAAAUCGAUCCGUGAUCCGCAAGUUUCCGUAGAGAGGAGUGAACCUGCACGAAACACGCCACGCCACAGAAAGGCCAAGAUUAUUAGACAGAUUCGCUGUUGUGAUAGAAUUUAAGGAGACGUUUCCAGUUUGCCAAAUUCUCAAUCGUUUACUGAAUCCUGCUACAAUAUAUUUUUAGACGAAGGACCUUCGCCGAUCGUUUUUAAUGAUACCAAACUCAACUUUGCUUGGGGAAAUAUGAAUUCGAGGUUAAUGUUUAUGAAAAUCUGUUUAUGUGCCAGUUACUGUUCGCUACUUACAAAUAAUUGAAUAUAGUUAGAAACGUAAAUGAAACGUUAUUUUUAAAUGUGCUAAUUACAUACAAUAAAUAACUCGAAAGUU